AUGCUGUACCCUUCCUCUCUCCUCCGCUGGCUACAGCGCAAGCGCUACCAAUAUGAGGUCACGUUCUCGCUGUACAUGCUCACGCCGACGGAGAAGUUCAUCUUCAACUCCUUCCUCUUCCUCUUCCUCUCCAUGAUCAUCAUUGCCGCCUCUUUAUAUCUGCCCGAACAUCUCUCGCUGCUCGCGCGGCGCGCGUUCUACUACUGGGGCGGGGACGAUACCAGCGCGACGGGCGCGAAAGAGACGCCAGGCUUUGCAAGCCCGCUGAGCGGACGAGGACGGGGACUUAUGGAGGCAUAA